GCCAAUCUCGCCAGCGACUGGAUCGCCAUGCCCCGAUAUCGCUCUCUCUCCCGGUCCCCUGUGAGGGACGACUACCACCGUAAGUCGUCCAAACAUGAUCACGACAGUAAGCGCCACCGCAGUAGAAGUGGCGAACGGGAAGAACCGUCGCGCAGAAGGACGAGAAGUCCCAGCGUAGAUGAUGACCGACGGGAGAAGAAGCGCAAGCGCGACAAGUCUGCGGAAAGGCGAGCCCGAAAGGAAGAAAAGAAGAAGCUCAAAGCCGAAGAGGAGGCCCGCCAAGUCGCCGAACUCAGUGUAUACAGCGCCACCGACAACCCAUUCCACGACGUGAAUCUUGGACAGCAGUUCCGAUGGCACAAAAAGCUGGAGAAAGAGAAGAAGCAGGGUCUCUCGCUUGCUGAAGUUGAGAGAAGGGAGGCUCUGAAGCGCCAGCAAGCGAAGGAGGAAUUGGAGCGAUUGAACAGGAGACGCGCCGAGCGCGAGGCGGAGCAGCGUCUUAGGGAGGAGGAGGAAGCGAGAAUGGCGAGGUUGGCCGAGUCUGCGCAGAUGGCAGAUUGGAUUGCGAAGGAUGGCGAAUUUCAGCUAGAGCAAGAGAGGAGACGGGCCGCUAUCAGGAUCAAGGAGAAGAGGGCAAAGGCCGUUGAUUUCUUGGCCUUGAAUCUCAGGUACAUUCGUCCGGUCAAAGACGACGAAGAGAAUGCAGACCUGGACGAGGGGCUGGAAAUUGAUCUCGACGAGCCAUACAACAUAUUCGACAGCCUCUCACCGGAUCAAGUUGAAGAGCUGCAUGACGACAUUGAACAUUAUCUGUCGCUCGAACAAGAUGAAGUGAACAUCGACUUCUGGACGAAUAUGAUGGUCGUCUGCAAAGACAAACUGGAUAGAAUAAAGAUAGACCGGCGCAUGGGAGUAGAGGCAGCUGCGGCUGUGGAGGCACAAGUUAAUGCCCUCCUCUCUGGGAAGUCCUACGACCAUCUGGUGGCCCUUCAGAAGUCCAUCCAAGCCAAGCUCACCAGCGGGGAACCGGUCGAUACGGAUUACUGGGAAAACCUUCUCAAGAAACUGCUGGUAUGGAAGGCGAAGGCCAAGCUGAAGAGUUUCCACGAAGUUGUCGUACGGAACAGACUGGAACAGCUCCGGAAACGUCAAAGAGACGAAGCCCUCCAAGCACAGGAAGAACUCUUGGCGGGCGUUGCUCACCGAGCUAUGGACAAUGAAGUUCCUGCUCCCUCAACUGCCCCGGCCGAGCGAGAGGCUGUCCCAGCAGAGGAGAUUGAGCCAUAUGACAGGUCUAUGAGCCCUCCCCUGAUCGACAUUACGACACUACCUUCUGAAGAGCGACAAAUUGAUAUUGUUACGCAGGAGGAGGACUUACGCGCUCUGUUCGAGAAGCGUCGUAGUGUGGCAGGCUCAAGAUUCAUCCCAAGAGCCUCCCGUCCCACCCCUGAAAUCCAGGAUGCGGAGGCACCCAGUGGUGCUGACCUGGCUUCUGAAGCCUUGUACCGUGCCGAGGCCGAACGGGAGCUGGACGAGGAAGAAGAACUAUUCAAUUUGGAAGAGAAUCUACCCACGCCUGCUACGUACAACUGGGAAGACAAGUACAGACCCAGAAAGCCGAGAUAUUUCAAUCGCGUGCAUACGGGAUAUGAGUGGAAUAAAUAUAAUCAGACGCACUACGACACUGACAACCCUCCUCCGAAGGUUGUCCAGGGCUAUAAGUUCAAUAUAUUCUAUCCGGAUCUCAUUGACAAGUCGAAGGCCCCGACUUACAAGAUCAUCAAGGAGCCCGGCAAUGACGAGACUGUUCUGCUGUACUUCACAGCAGGACCCCCAUACGAAGAUAUCGCAUUCAGGAUUGUAAACCGUGAAUGGGAGUUUUCUCAUAAGAGGGGUUUCCGCUGUAGUUUCGAUCGAGGUUGCCUGUCUCUUUGGUUCAAUUUCCGCCGUAACUUCUAUCGAAAGUAGGGCAUCCAGUAUGCUGCAUUUGGUCUGAUUGUAUCCUAUACUCUCCUGUUCAUCAUGUUUUUUUCCGGCAUAUUUAUCGCGCAAAAAGGUAGCAGCUUUGCAAAUGGCAUAUCGCAUCUCAGUCUAAGGAUCUCGUUGACAUAAG